AUGGGCUCUUCCAGCAACAACAAUCACAAUCAUGCCAUAGACAUCCCUCGUCGGCCAUCCCGCUCGGGAAUGGCAGGGUCGGAACGUCGUCGGUCGACCAAUCUAAACCCGAGUGGUAGCACUGAACCAACUGGGGAUUCCAUCUCCUCAUCCCUGAGCCACCAUGCGCUCCGGAAUUCUAGUCCCUCGAGCCUCGGCGGCAGCCCAAUCAUUGCCACAGGAGAUCCGCAUCAUCAGCGCGCCCCUUCUUUAGGAGAACUGCAUCAGGAGUUAGAACAGGAACAAGAAGCCCAAGUGAACCGACUCUUGCAUAUGAUCCGCAACCAACAGGUUCAGCUGCAGCAAUUACAACAGCAGCAGCAGCCUCACAGCACUGCAAUUGAUGAUUCAACCCCCUCACUCCCGCCUGUUCCACCUUUACCAGCAGCCAGCAUCCGAACAUCCACGCAAAUACCUUCCACCCUGUCCAGUCGUCGGCCAUCGCGACCGUCUAGUCAAGCUGCUUCGCCUAGCCUCCGACCAUUAGUUGACUCACCCCGCGGCACGGAAGGGUUUGAAGGGGUUUCGAGCACGAGUGAAAGUCCGGCACGACGCGGAAGUAGAGAUGAAAGUACCUUUUAUCACGCUGAGGCAAUGAUGCUCACGAGAGAAAACCAAAUGCUUCGGCAGCGUAUUCGUGAAUUGGAACGACAGAUACCGGCGUAUGAAAAGGGCUAUUUGAGCCAGACUGGCUCUACGGGCGCGUGA